AUGAACAACCCCGCUCCCAUCCAGCAGCGGAGAGGCCCUUGGUCACAAUAUGAGGAUGUGUAUCUUAUGGAACUUGUUCGCACGCAUGGAGCUCUCAACUGGGUUCGAAUUGCGUCAACCCUGGGAACCCGUACACCAAAGCAGUGCCGCGAGCGUUAUCAUCAGAACCUAAAACCAACACUCAACCACGAACCCAUCACACCCGAGGAAGGUGUCAUAAUUGAACGACUUGUCGCGGACCUCGGGAAACGCUGGGCCGAAAUUGCACGCCGUCUCAAUGGCAGGAGCGAUAAUGCCGUCAAGAACUGGUGGAAUGGUAGCCAAAAUAGACGUAAGCGCACGGAUCGACGACGCGCUGCGCAGGAUCACCACGAUAGCUACUACCCCUCGAACCGCCCCGGACUAUCCAUUUCUACACCAGCCAUUCCCAUGCAUGGAGCACAACUCUCACCCCUAACUGGCACCACCAUGCGUCAUCCCAUGCAUUCAUGGAUUGAGGCUCCUCUCCCCUCGCCAUGCUCUUCCGAUUCUGCUGAAUCCGAAAUGGGAUCCAACUAUACCACAUCACCUUCCCAUCAUACCACGCAACUCGCUGGGCCUGUCGAAUUACCACCUCUGCGUCACUCAGGCUUGCCAACAGCUGGUGACAGGCUUCCCAGCUUUGACAGAUUGGCUCCUCCCCAUGCUUAUGUGGACAGGCCUGAGUAUCAACCCAGGUUGCCCCAUUUUGCCCCUCAAGCGCAACUACUCACCGCGCCUAACUCGCCUGUCCAGCAGCAGCAGCAAUCACAAAACCGAAAGGCCCAAGAUUCCAGGAUGCAUCUCUCCGCCCUCAUGGAUUAA